AUGUCGAAGGAUUCAAUAGUUUCCUCAGCAAGACAACAUAAAACUACAGUCGUUAGCUGUAGAAGUACUCUGAGAAAGUUUCAUGGAACUCAGUUUAAGAGUGGUAUUCCUUCACUGAAACUGAAAGUGAUAUCAUCCAGAUUACAAAUUAUUACGGUCAUUAGCUAUAGUAGUAUUCAGUGGAAGUUUGAUGGAAAUGAGUUUAACGGUGGUAUUCCUUGUCGAAAUCUGAAAGUGACAAAGACUUUUCCCGAGGAAAUACUGAAAAUUAUCUUUGAAAAGAUGGAACAGCAUCGCCAAUCAGAAUGGAAUUGAUUUACAACUAUGCAAGAUUCUUGAACACCAUGCAGUUACUCUAAUUAAUUUGCUGAAAGAAG